CGUAACAUGGCUGACUCUGCCUUGACGUUCACUUCCCCACGUAACAUGGCUGACUCUGCCUUGACGUUCACAUCCCUACGUAACAUGGCUGACUCGGCCUCCACACACUCGCGCGUCCCGCUCCCCCCUCUUGCUCGUGCCGAUCCCCCCUGACAGCCUCCUCGCUGACGGCCACAGGGGAACCCCGAUGGAGGCGGGGAAACAAGAGAAGGAGGAGGAGAUGAAGAAGGAGGACGGGGAGGACAUGGCAGCGCCCGGGGCCCCGAGGAAGGGGGAGCCCGGCGCGGCUCCCCACGGGAACUUCAUCAACUACGCGGCCUUCAACCCCCCGGCGCGGCGCGUCGCGCUGCUGCCCCGCGAGUUGCUGAGGCGGCUCCUGGCGGAGUCGCCGCCGCCGGUCCUCGCCCUCGACGUGGGCUGCAACAGCGGGGAGCUGACAGUGGCUAUGUAUCGCCACCUGACGGGGCUGGACCAGCCCGAGGUUGGACGCUCUGGGCAGCUUGCCCGCGUGCCGCUGUCUGUGCUGGCCUGCGACUUGGACGCCGAUCUGGUGGAGCGUGCGCGGGGCCACAAUCCUCACCCGGAGGAUAUCGCCUACGAGACGUUUGACUUCAUGGACACCGCAGCCCGAGACGCCGUGCUGGACGCCUUCCUGCGACGCCACGGCCGGACGCGCUUUGACCUGUGCCUCUGCAUGUCGGUGACGAUGUGGAUUCACCUGCACCACGGAGACGCCGGCCUGCAACGUUUCCUCGCGGCCGCCGCGCGCGCCGCCACCUUCCUGUUGGUCGAACCGCAGCCGUGGAAGUGCUACCGAGCGGCCGCGCGCCGCCUGCGCCGUCUGGGGCUGCCCGAGUUCCCCCUCCUGCCGGAUCUGCGGCUCCUGCGUGGGGCUGGCGGCGGCGGUAGCGGCCGCACGGAGGCCGAGGAGCUGGUCGCCUUGCUGAGAGAGGAGGGAGACAUGCGCUUGCUGUCCAGCCUGGGCAGCACCGAGUGGGGGCGGUCCCUGCUGCUGUUUGGACGGACGGACGUGGCCUUGGGAUGCAUUGACAAAACUACCGAUUGAAACCCCGUUGCUGAUGUGGGGAAUGCGGGUUCUUUUUUAUUUAUAAAUGGGACAACAGCAUCUCUUACAAUGGAAAAUUAAUAUCACUAACUUCAAAGCAUUGUUUGGAGGAAGUAUUUUGAAAACUAUAUAAAACCCAGCCCAUGGAAGACAUAGAUAUAUUUCCUCUUCACACGCGAUUUUCCUCAAAUAAUUUAAGGCAGCUCAUGAUGUAAGUGUCGGCUGCUUUGUAAAUUUGAACUAUGUCCCUGUUACCUUUGGAUUUCCACGUGCAUCCGAAAUAUUGAAAUGCACAUGUGAAUGUUUUGGAUAUGCUACUUUUAUAUUUAUAGUGAAAUAAAAUCUAAACAUUGUAAAUAGUUGAUGGGUGCAUAGUAAUUGUGUGAAGUCAUAAUUGCCAUUCAUCCCACCAUUAACCACAACGUCUGGUUUGGAGGCAAUCCAUCCCAUGUUCUGUGAGCUCCCUCUGCUCCAUUGAUAUCUUUGUUGUGUUUUCUAUAUGCACGGUUUGCAGAGUGCACUCAGACUGACAGGUGCUGUUGCGAUAUCACGCGGCCGAGUGGCAACUGGUGGGCAAUGCUCAGUUUGAAAGAUAUGUUUCAGCAGUUAAGGGUGAAAAGUUAUACAAGCGGGAUUUGAUUGCUGAAAAAAAAAAUUCGGCUGGCAAUCGCGAACCAUGAUGACUGCCGAGAACAGCUAGUAGUAGCAUUUUCCUGCACGCUGGUGGGAAGAGCCCAGCCCUUGAGCGGAAGCAUCGGUCGCAAUGUCGGCAAGAGUUGCUCGUCUGCUGAAUGGGACUUGUGCCAUCGCUGAUGUUGAUGCCGAUAGGCUCCUUCCCGUUUUUCUUUAAUCCGCUAUGGAACUCAAAGUAAAAUCUAGAAAAAAUAUCUACAGACAAAAAUAAUGCUUCCCAAUGUUACUGAUAAUCUUGGAUCAAUAUCUUUAAAUGGUAGAUGUUUGAGGCCAAACCAGUAUGAUGAGACCCAUGAGGAUGACACUUCUCCGUUGUACCUACUGAAAACGGUACGCAGCAGCAUUGGCGCCUGAUUAGAUUUCUUGAAGUGGAAUCUGAUCAUUUGCUGUAACUGCAGCAACGGAACAAUCUUUGCGUUGGCGGAAUGUUGUGACACGUCUGUUAUUCAUAGCCAUGCACUAAGUGUCCUGCCUCGCACAAGCAUCCAAUAUCACCGAGCAUCCAAAAUUAUAAUUUCAAUCAUGAAAGAAUCUUACAAGUUAGUGAGUUUGUUUUUUUGCGUACAUACGUCAGAAAGCAGCUGGUUAUGUAUGGAGCUGGUUAAGCAUGGGGCUGGUUAUGCAUGGGGCGAUAAGGGGGGAGGGCAGGAUGGCGAGGAGCUGCAGGAGGCCCCGCAGCCCUUCGAGGUUCGUGCAAUAUUACUUUGUUGUGAUUCUCUAUGAAAAGAUUAAUUUUAAAAAAACUGUAAAGUCUUUCAAUUGCAGAACUGGGGGAGAACAUACAUACGCUCCACACAGAAGGGGUGCCCGAGUUGGGAAUCGAACCCGGGACCCUUCUUCCUCUCUUAAAGCUCACUUCUUCCCUAUUGCCCGUUGCCUGCCUCUCCCUUCCUCUCUCCCCACCACUCCUUCCUUUCCCUCCCAAUCCCUUUGUGAUCCCUAAGUACCUCAUUACCUCAAUCCUUGUAGCAUGCCCCUGUCAACUACAUCAUACCAUUCUGUCACCGUUUUGUAUGUUAUGUCAAACGUCUUGAGUAACGGGGGCUCUUUAAAUCGGAUUAACAUCGCACUACCCUGCCAAACCAAUGUACAGGGUGUUUCAAAAAGAUGGUCCCGAUUUGAAAUCGCUUUAUCCCUACAACCACGAACCGCCCAUGAAUGAAACUCUUACCACUUGAAUUUCCGAUUACUUCAUUUUUCAGCAAGACAGAGCACUGCCACAUUGGCACCUGCAGGUUCGACGUUUUCUAAAUGACACACUGCCUCAACGUUGGAUAGGUCGCACGGGACCCCAAGACUUGGCGCUACACUCUUGACCCCCAAGAUCCCCAGACAUCACACCCUGCGACUUUUUGUUGUGGGGAUACGUCAAAGACCGUGUUUUUGUGCCACCAUUAGCGACUAAUCUGGAUGACCUCAAAAACAGAAUCACGGCAGCGGUGACUUCAGUGGAAGAAGACACUUUGAGAGGCGUUUGGGACGAAUUCAACUAUCGUCUCGAUGUUGUCCAUACAGCAGGUGGAGGGCACAUAGAGCAUUUAUAAAGGUUAGUAAAACUUGAUGACUCAUUAAACCGUUGGUAAUUUUUUCGUGUAAUUGUAACAUGUUGCCAUCGUGAAAUAUACUGCUUUGAAAUUGGGUCCAUCUUUUUUAAACACCCUGUAUAUUCACAUCAACUUGUAACGCGCCCGCCACACCUGCCGCACAGGAAUCACUCCCUCACCAGGAGAGAAGAGGAUGACUCUGAGGCGCAAGGAGGAACCACAGGCAGUGAGCCAAUGCCUAAUUCAAACCCCACAAUCUCUGCGGUCCUCUAUAUAUGAAGGUGUUAUCGGUCAGUUACUGAGUGUUUACGUGUGUGAGGAAACUGGUGUGCCCGGAGAAAACCUACGUGUGCAAGGGGGGCAACACUACCCUGUACAGAUGGAACAAAUGGAGUGUCCACACUACCUACGAGCCAGGAAGGGAGUUUCACAACAUCUGUGCGAUGUUCCAC